AUGGCGAGAAUUUCAAAACGAUCAAAAUCCUCUAGCAUGGAGAAGAAACUACUCCGGCAGAAAAGAGAUAGGCGCAAGUCAUGUCUGGAGAAAAAGGCCAAAAUGUGCGGGGCGGAUGUCUGCCUGGGCAUACGCAUUCGACAGUCAGGGAAAGUUUUCAUAUUUUCCGCAGACGCCUCCGGGUUCUGGUCGUUCCUGAGCUCUCAAUUAGUGGGAAUGGGUGAUUACAAGUUUUCUGACUCUUUCAGGGCUCUUACUAUCCAAGGCCAGUUGAAAGGAAUGAAAAGAGCCUCUACACGUAACUCUUUGAUGAACCAAUUUGAGCUGUUUUGGAGGUCGGGUAAGGGUGGGCUAGCAGCGAUUUAG